GACACAGACCAUCGCUAGUCCCGCGGAACAUCGGCACCGUUCUGGUUGGUACGGAUUCCUUCUGGCUGAGUGGUCUGACCUGCCUGUUUGGACUGCGAUAUCCAGGUGAACCACGCACAUUGAGUUCAUGCGUAACGACGUGGUUGAAGUGUAAUGCUAGUGCUGAAAGGUCGUAGGAAGAUUUGGGCUCACGAGAAGAUGGCCAAGACCGGCGGAAGGGUUUCCCGGUACGGGCUGUGGACUGUGUACUCGUUGUUACUGUUCAAGUGCACGUUUGGCCUGCUGCCGGGUAGUGACGGAUACGACAGCAGCGAUUCCAGCGCUUCCGUGGAGGAAACCGUUCUGAAGUACGAUAACAACCUUAACGUAUCGCAGCACUUCAAGUCGUUGAACGACAAACAGCUUGGCGUACAUCGGCGGCACUACGACUCGGAGGAUGAUCUGAAGGCCACGUACAGUGGCCACUCCCGCUUCGAGCAGCACCAGUUUCACUGUCCAGCCUGCCAGUUCCGGAGUGUGUUCGCGAAGGCAUCGCUGAAGUCCAUUAAGGCGCACGUGCUGCUCAAGCUUGGCUUCGAGUAUCCACCCAAUCAGACCAACUACCCGAAGGUACCGGAGGACAUCCUGAAGAGCUUCAACGAGAAGAUUGGCCACAGCCAGCACAACCGGAUGAGGGAUGCCGGUGAUCAGCAGUACAUGAGCGACGAUCCCAACGCGCACGACCGGAUGGACGAAGUCGAGGAGGACUUUGACUAUUACCAGAUAACGAACAAGAUUUACAUUUUGCCCAAUCGUAAGUUGUUUUCGAGAAGGUUCUAAUGAAUGUUUUUGCUUUUGCUUUGUCUACUUCGCAGGGAUCAAACCUUUGCUUCCACGAUCUACGAUAUUUCGAUUUUUCAUUUUCUUAAUAAAUUUUACUUUUCAGAUUCACGAACAGUUAUGAAGACUGUCAAACUAAAAUAAUAAAUAUUCUAUAAUUUCAGCAAUUAAUUUUUUUCAGGUUUUAAGUCCUUAAUGCUAACAAAUAAAUUAAUUUUUGAUCGCCA